AUGCUUUUCAACCCGUGCUUUGUUUCCGCCCUUUUGGCUUUGGCAGGUCGGGCUGCUGCUGACUGCUUGUCGUAUGGAUAUGAUUUCGUCAACCAAGGAGGACCCUACUGCGUCAACACGACUUCUACAGCAUAUUUCUCGUUCGGAACAGAAUUCUUUGGCUGCCAGCCAAGCGACGUCCAAGAUGUCGUUACGCCAAUUCUGGUCGAUCCAAAUAGCGACGAGUACUUCUGCUCCGACAUCGCCGUCCAGCCAGAUGGAGAAGAUAUGGUAUCCACAUGCAACGUCCCCGGGAACGAAGUGACGAAGAACAACAUGUUCUCUGGAGACUGGACAAUCGUCAUCGAAGGCCUGACAUUUGCCUGGAUGAGAUCGUUUUCCAUCAUUGCAGCACCACCAGUGGUCAUCACAACUACUCCCACCGCCACAUUCACAGUCACGUCAACCCCUUCUACUACCAUCACAACAACAAUCACCAACGUCUUUUUGACCACUGCAUCUCCUUCCACCGUCACAGUUCCUACCACUACCACGACAAGAACCAUAACCACCACUCCCGCCCAAGUAACGAUAUAUUCGACGUCGAUCAUUACACGAACACGUACCAGCAAAGUAUUUUCCAAAACAGUCUUGACCACUACUGUCACGACGUCAUGCAGAACACAGCCGCCGGCGAAAGACCCCACGUGUACCAUUCGGCCCACGAAGGCUACACUUGCUGCAGCCAACGCAUCAAUCACGAUCCUCCCAUGGAUGCGUCAAUUCGCGCGACCCGGCCAAGACGGGCGUAGGCGAGCGAAUGAACGGAGAGAUGACACGCCAGUCGAUAGUGGCCCAGAUCAAUGUACCACAACUGUUGUCGAUACUGCCGAUGCUAUUUCUUCAUACACUACAGUUACAGCCCCGACAAGUACUGAAAUUGAUACUGAAAACGCAACAACGACAACCACUGUCACACCGCAGCCCGUGACGGCGUAUUCUGGAAAGGCAAAGACAACAAUCACAGUAACAGCACCCACGCCCACCCGCACUCGUACAACUCGUACAUAUCAGACAGUUUGGACCACCUCCACAAUAUGGGCAACAAUCACCUCAACUGUCAAGACGUCGCCAUCCGGUUGGGUCUGUGCUACAUCUGCAGGGCAUUGA